GUCGAAUUCGUUUUUGAUUCAGUUCCAACCUGGGUUGGAACUGGAUGAGAUCACAGUUUCAACCCCAACCCGACUUCGGUUUCGCUUGUACUAAAGUUUGUUUGAGUUUGUUUGACGUUUGUUUGUUUACACAUUUUCCGCCAAUCCAGUUCCAACCCAGGUUCAAAAACGAAUUCGACAUUAGUGAGAUUACAAAGUGUACGGAACUAUAGUGACAUUACUGAAAAUAAUCAUUGUUUGAUUUUCCGAGUUUUAAGUGAUAGUUAUUCGAUUGAACAUCGAUUGAUUACUUGUUGAAUAAGCGAUUUAUACUAUGAGUGGAUUACAACUUAAACCCAUAGCGAACUCCAACUUAUACAAGCGCCGAACCACUUCUAAGGAAAACCUUUUGCAUGGAUCGUACAUAUCUUCGACUGCAGACAGUCAACACACAGUCACCACAAACGUCUAUGCCAAUAUCUCGGAACCCGCCUCUCAGUCGCAUGGGUACCAAGUGGGUCAGCUGGGAGAGAGGCUUUAUCAAAACACACCGGAUUCGAUAAGAAAUGCACACCACCAUGGAAAUGGCGCUGGAGGAGUCUCAAACAGUGCAAAUACAAGCCUCAGUCAUCGAUACGCUGCUGGUGACACUCAGUUUAGUGGUAGUUCUAGUUACAGCGUGUCUUCUGGUAACAUAAUACGUGAUCUGAGCAGUUUAAAUUUGAAUGCAGUGCAUGAACCGCUAUCCAAAAGUCAGUAUGUGCCACCGGUAAAUAGUGAAGAGAGUCUGAGAUCAUCGAACGGGAAGAUCGCAGCAGCACCACCACGCAGAAUGGAAUCUAAAGAACAGGCCGGACGGUCUAAUAUGCAAGUGAUAGGAAUUUCACCGAACAUGUCGCUGGGUACAAUGAUUUGUACCCGAUGUGACGAGGGUUUUGAACCGCAUGAGCGAAUCGUCAAUUCGAACGGCCAGCUUUGGCACACCCAGUGUUUUGUGUGCGCUCAAUGCUUCCGCCAGUUCCAAGACGGAAUAUUCUACGAAUUCGAGGGGCGCAAGUACUGCGAGAAGGAUUUCCAUAUCCUGUUUGCGCCAUGCUGCAACAAGUGCAACGAUUUUGUCAUCGGUCGCGUUAUCAAGGCUAUGGCGGCCAACUGGCACCCGGACUGUUUCACGUGCGAGCAGUGCAAUAUUCCGCUGGCGGAUUCGGGCUUUAUUCGCAACCAAAACCGUGCGCUUUGCCACGACUGCAACCAGAAGGAGAAAGCCGAUGGGCUGGGGAAGCAUAUGUGCAACAAGUGCCAUGGUGUCAUCGAUGAUGCGCCGUUGCGUUUCCGAGGCGAAGUGUAUCACGGUUAUCACUUCAACUGCACGGCUUGCGGUGCUGAGCUGGACUCCUCAGCUCGAGAGGUUAAAAAUCGUACCGGUUACGCUGCGAAUGAUAUGAACGAGCUGUACUGCUUGCGCUGCCAUGAUCGUAUGGGCAUUCCAAUCUGUGGGGCGUGCAGACGUCCCAUUGAGGAACGCGUUGUCACUGCCUUGGGCAAGCAUUGGCAUGUUGAGCAUUUUGUGUGUGCCAAAUGCGAGAAACCAUUUUUGGGACACCGCCACUACGAAAAACGUGGUCUUGCCUAUUGCGAAACCCACUACCAUCAGUUGUUCGGAAAUCUCUGCUUCGUUUGCAAUCAAGUUAUUGGCGGUGACGUAUUCACCGCGCUGAACAAGGCAUGGUGUGUGCACCACUUCUCGUGCUCGAUUUGCGAUACCAAAAUGGAUCAAAAGUCGAAAUUUUACGAAUACGACGAAAAGCCCGUUUGCAAGAAAUGCUACGAGCGUUUCCCUAGUGAGCUAAGACGUCGACUGCGUAUGGCCCACGAAAAUACACUGAAGAAGAACGUCGUCUAAGAUGUCUGACUGCAAACAUAAAAACGGAAUUCGAUGGAAACGGAAUAAGGACCAAAUUCAUAAACCUUGUCGGUUUUACGAUUUUCUAAUCACGCUAAUCAAGCACAAAAGAAAAAAAGAUAGAUGUUAGUAUAUGUGCCUUAAAACUCGAAGAUUUUUUAAAACUUGUAGUUGCAUGUGUUCUCUAAUUUAGACUAACUACUUCGUUAAAAUAUAAGAUAUUUUUUAUUAAAUAUUUAUCAUUGUCAAUUUUAAUACAAACAACUUAAGAUCGCCAUUUGUUCAAUUUCUUAUGACAAACCAUUUAAAAAACCGUGUGAACCGAGAAUGCACAUUAAAAUGAUCCGGUUACUCAUUAAUAAUUUCAUCAGGUAUCAAUCAACCAUGCCAUCAUUAUAACAAUUAUUCUUGAAUGUCGAACAAAGAUACAAUCAUAAGCCAAGAAUAAUUUCGAUCGAUCUGUCUCAAAUCACCUCUUACAAAAUAUGAAUGGCGAUCGUUCCUGAGUUGAAAAAAAAAACUCAUUUCACAAUUCUUAUGUCCAAUGUUAGAGAUAUAACAUAGUUAUUAUAAACUUUGAAAUAACCCAA